CCGAGCUCUUCGGACGUCUCUAUCUGCAUAUCUCCCCGUGAAUCGGAGUGAACUCAAGUGCCGACCGGAAAAUUCUUUCGGCCAAGAAAGGUCUUCGAAAAAGAUCUCAAUCGAUUGUGUUUUUGUGUUACCCCCGUUGGAUGUCUCUGAACGCCGAGCGAUCUUACAAAAUGAAGCUGCGCGACGUGGAGAACGCCUUCAAAUACCGGCGCAUACCGUAUCCCAAGCGUUCCGUGGAGCUGAUCGCCCUGCUGGCUAUUUCGUGCACCUUCUUCCUGUUCAUGCACACGAACAAAUUGAACAGUCGCCUCAAGGAGAUGGAGGUGAAGCUGCAGCCGUCGGAGUUCUCGGCCCUGGGUCUAACGGGCAACCACAUCAGCGGACACGAUGCGGGCAAGCACGACGACAUCAACACUCUGCAUGGCACCUAUCAAUACCUGAAAAGCACCGGCCAGCUGGAAAACUUGGACGCAUCUCAAUUGAACAAUACCCCCAAAGCGGAGCGGGAUUUUAUUUUCUACAAUCGUCUGGAAAAGACAGGAAGCCAGUCGAUGACGCGACUCCUGAAGCAUCUGGGUGAUCUUCAUGGAUUUAGCACUUUCAGGAAUAUAGUCCGACCUUCGAGGCCAAUGACUGACAGCGAUGAGGAUGAGAGGGAUCUGGUAGAUCAACUCUUCGAACUGGGAGAAUACGGUGCCUACGUGGAGCACGCCAAUUGGGUCAACUUCACGAAGCACGGCAGUCCCCGACCCAUUUACAUGAACAUGAUCCGAGAUCCCAUACAGAAGGUUAUCAGUGCCUACUACUACCAACGCCAUCCGCUAAUAUUCGCCCAGAGCUUGAUGCGGAACCCCAAGAAGCGAAUUCAGACCAAGAAGUAUUUCGACACCACUUUUAACGAUUGUGUCAGGAAUCGGGAACCCCCAUAUUGUGUGUUUGAUGCCCACAAUCCUUUCAACGGCGAUUGGAGGAGAUUUUCGCUUCACCUCUGUGGAAAUUCGGAAAUUUGCACGCAUUUUAACUCCGAAACUACAACGCAAAUCGCCAAAAUGAACGUGGAACGGGAAUACGCGGUUGUGGGCAGUUGGGAGGAUACAAAUGUAACCUUGGCAGUUUUAGAAGCCUACAUACCGCGAUAUUUUGCCAAUGCGAGGAGUGUGUACUACAGCACAACCGAAAAGUUUACGAUAAACUCGGUUUCGCAUGACACUCAUCUGGAGAAGGAUGUGGAGGAGUACCUGAGGAGCAGUUUCUCCUUCGAGUAUGAGCUAUAUUACUUUAUCAAGCAGCGGCUCUACAAACAGUAUAUUGCGGUGUAUAAGGACGAGUUGUAGCCGCCUUAGUUUUAAAUACCAUGAGUUCACCAAAUGAAAAUAAAUACGGGAUUUACCAAAUGAUUUUUACACCUAAAUUUCAAUUCGAGUCUUCUUUCACUCCUUUCGCUACUAAUCAUUUUGAAUGGCUUGGUUGCUUGAAUUCACUCUCCACUGUGCCCCCCAUACCAGAA